AUGGGACAGGAAUGCGCCUCCAUGUAUGUGUGCGCGGUGGAGACUGGCCCUCUCUGCACGCACAGGUGCAUGAAGAGAAUAUAUAGAGGCGGAGGGAAAGCACCCACUUUAGAGUCUGCUGCGGGUUGCGUACGAACGCCCAGCCGGGUUUAAGCCACUCUGCCGUGGGUUGUUGGCUCUCCAGCCCAGUGUCAACGGGAUGCCCUGGUGGACCCUGUUGAUUGGCAGACGACCAGCACGUGGCUGCCGACCCCGGCGGAGGUAUGGCCCUCCUCGGACAGUGUGGUGCAGGUUCAUGGGCCAUGUGCCUGGGUGACAUCGCUGCAUGGCUGGGAUGGCUAUGACGUUAAAGGAGAAGUAAUGGGACAUCAAUUGCAUCAAAUUAAAGAAUUUCGAUUUGGCUGGAAAAAUGCCACCCUGAUAAGGAUACAAGAUAACUUCACCUGUGAGGCGAACCGUGCGUGUAUCACCACCCGAGUACGGACUAAAUGCACGCUAUUCAGUUAUCGACAAAGAGGUCAUGUGAUACCAGUCGUAAGCCCGGACUGCAUAAUACAUAUCUCCAGCAAUGUAUCGUUGUGUUUAUACAAUCUGACUGUAAGACAAUGUGUGGAGCGGCAUAACGGCACUGAAUGGAACAUAACCGUAUCUGAAUCUGACAUGGCGGUCUGGUUGGUCAAUGCUUCCGCCAUUGCGAACAGAACAAUAUAUGGGAUGAAAAUAGAAGUGGUGCCAGCCACUUCUCGACCGGACCCAGCACAAGUAGUGCCGAUUCCCGGCACGUGCCAACCUUUGGUAACUGGAUUGACUAAAACUAAAGUACACUGGACGGUUAACUUUCCACCCUUUCCACCAUGCCCUCGUCAAAAGCGGGUCUGGUACGAUACCAUUUUGGGAGGGUCAGGAACGUUAUUGGGAUUAAGCAACAUGGUUGAUGGACAGAUCACUACUAGUAAGCUACACUACACUGGACAAUCAACAUCGGCGGGACUUGAUUUGGUGGCACAAUGGAUGCCCACCGCACUAAAAGGACAACAACAGAAUGUCCGAUUAUGGAAAGAAAUGUUUAAAAUAGAUUGGAAUAAAUGGAAUACUACUGAUGGGGUGUUUAAAAACAUAACACAGUUACUAAACUGGACUAUAUGCUCAAUACAACAUGUUAAUGCCCUUAUGCAACGUGAACGGAUGCAGCGUGUUUUAACUUCUGAUAAUUAUCAUGAAUGGCGACAGCAAUGGAACAUCUAUAAUAGUUUGUGGUUACAUUUAUAUUCGGCACGAACAAAAUGUAAUGAUACCAUGUGUUAUGGUAAAUAUGAUAUGUAUAACGUAACUCACCCACAUCUGAUAUGCAAAUUCCACGUGUUACCUGUUAUCGUUCACGGUGCGUAUUGGGUAUUAAGAGUUAAAGGGGAGUGGCUAGACGCCGCUAAAGAUGUGACUUAUGAUUUAACAGGAUGUGAUGAAACGGACAAAGGUGUUGUAUGCCCACUUAGGUCAUCUUAUACCAACCAAUGCCUGAAAGACGAAAAUGCUUUGUGUGAUUGGGACUAUCAAAAACCCGAUGAUUUGUUAUUCCAGCUAGGUCCUCACACUUUGUGUGUAGUGACAAUGAAUCAACAUCCUUGCACACCUUUCUCUGGUUGUUUGAGAAAUGUACAUGUCUGGACUUGGCACAACAUCACAUACAAAUUACUCCACACUCAGUGAUUUCACAGAGGUGCAGUGGACUCAAUUACAGCAACCCAAGUUGGGGAUAUCUUUGGAACGCUUCCAAGGCGCCCUGGAAUCGUCCAAAGAUCUGAAAGGAAUGAUCGCAUGCAGUGUCCAAGUUACAGGUGACAACCCUCUUCCGAUCAAAGAAAGUGGAGGCAGUGGCAAAAUUGGUAGAGCAAAAUUCACUGGUAUGACAUCUUCACGGGGCUAUCACCCUUUGCCCGUCGGCUGCUAGCGCCGCCACUUGUUAUACUGAUUUGUAUUAUUGCUGCUUUAACGUGCUGUAACGUGCUUACUUGGAUUAUAUAAUUUUGCACCAUGAAGAUCAUAAUGACAAUCACUGAGGGGGCCUUCGGGCGUGACAUUAUACAUGUUGAGGUGGUGCCAGAUAAUCCUGAGCUUCAUACACUACAACUGACGUGGUGGCAGAACCAGGAUUACUGGCAACGCCGUUUCACUUUGGAAGAAAGAAGGCACUGAUAUGAUUUUAUAUUGCAAUAUUUACAUAUUGAUGAUGACUUGGACUCCUCUGCCUUUAUGAAUUGAUCACAGGACCACAGGGUGGAAUGUAGUGGGAACAUAUAAGAUGGUCCUGAGAUCAAUUCACUAGGCCUGCAUGCCUGCACGAAGUCAAUAUUAUGCUUAUACAACUCGCUAUCUUCUAGUGGGGAUUGUGCCAAGGACACUGUGUUUACGAAAAACAGGGCACCCUGCCCCAUUGCCAGUUUCAAAAGACUGGACAUGGGACAGGAAUGCGCCUCCAUGUAUGUGUGCGCGGUGGAGACUGGCCCUCUCUGCACGCACAGGUGCAUGAAGAGAAUAUAUAGAGGCGGAGGGAAAGCACCCACUUUAGAGUCUGCUGCGGGUUGCGUACGAACGCCCAGCCGGGUUUAAGCCACUCUGCCGUGGGUUGUUGGCUCUCCAGCCCAGUGUCAACGGUGAGUUUGAUUUUCUUAUGUGCCAGUUUGUGUGAUGAUUGAUGCUUAAACCCAUUGAUUGAUUGAUAUGAUUGUAACAAUGUUGAGCGGGGAAUAAACGGACAUAUUUAUUCUAGCCUCAUUGUGUGAUGAUUGCAAUGUUGAGCGGGGAGUAAACGGACACAUUUACUCUAGCCUCAUUGUGUGUGUAGCAAUGUUAAGCGGGGAGUAACCGGACACAUUUGUUCUAGCUUCAUUGUAA